UUGAUCUGCUCUCCACCACAAACUCGUCUUCUCCCUAUCACAUCCUUCGAUCGCACACCACCAUGAGCAAUCUGUCAGAAGAGGGACGUGUCCCUAUCAACGAGAAAGGCACAGGGACUCCUCCCGAGAAGCUGGAAAGCGUCAAUAAUGUGGGUCUUGAAGGGUACCAGACUGUCGACGCGGAGACGGAGAAGAGGCUUCUGAAGAAGCUGGAUCGCCGGCUCAUUCCCAUGAUUUGCUGGAUUUACUUGAUGAAUUUCAUGGAUCGAGUCAACAUUGGAAAUGCGCGUCUCUACGACAUGGAGUUGGAGCUGGGGAUGACUGGCUCCCAGUACAAUCUUGCUGUAGCCGUUCUCUUCAUUACAUACUGCUUGUUCGAGACCCCUUCAAAUCUGAUCAUCAAGAGGCUCAAACCGGCGCGUUAUCUGGGCGGAUUGAUGUUGGCAUGGGGUCUUGUCGCUACCUUCUCCGCUUUUGUCAACAACUUCGCCGCCUUGGUCGCUUGUCGCUUGCUUCUCGGCACCUUUGAGGCUGGCCUGUUCCCUGGCAUUCUUUUGUAUCAGACCAUAUUCUACAACAAGCGCCAGAUCUCCUUGCGCAAUGCCUACUUCUACGCUACAUCUGCCGCAGCUGGAGCCGUAGGAGGACUUGUGGCCUAUGGCAUAGGUACAAUGGACAACGACGGCGCGGGCACCGCUGGAUGGCGUGCUUGGAGAUGGAUCAUUCUGAUCAACGGUAUUCCCACUGUCCUCACAGCUUUCGCGGUCCCUUGGGUCCUCCCGAACAGUCCCGAGACCGCUUCUUUUCUCACCGAGGAAGAUCGACGCAAUCUCGUCAUCAUGAGAAAUUCCGAGAUUGGAGCCACCAAGAACGCGUCGGAACUUCACAAGGAAGAUGUCAUGGAUGGUGUUAAGGACUGGAAGAUCUACGCUUGGUCCAUUGCCCAGUUCUGCGGACACAGCGUUCUGUACAGCUUCAGUGUCUUCCUGCCGACCAUCAUCCAAGGAAUGGGUACUUGGGACACCGCCCAAAUCCAAGCCCUCACUGUCCCCGUUUACGCCGUCGGAGCCGCUACGUAUAUCACGUGCGCUCUCAUCAGUGAUCGGAUACAGCAGCGCGCCAUCUUCUGCUUUGGAGGUGGAAUCGUUAUGAUAUUGGGUUAUUGCUUGCUCAUAGCAAACCAAAGCGUGGCCAUGAGUUUUGCAGGUUGUUUCCUAGUCGCGAUUGGAUUAUGGACAUCAACUGGUACCUCGAUGGCCUGGAUCAACGUGAACAACCCGCGAUACGGCAAACGAGCGUACGCCAGUGGAAUGCUAAUCACCAUUGGAAACUCGGCGGGAGUCGCAUCGCCCUUCUUGUUCGCGAAGAAGGAUGCGCCUAGCUACCGACCCGGAUACGGAGCAACCAUUGGAAUGUUGCUUCUUGCCUUGGUUCUCCAUGUCACCAUCUGGUGGUGCCUACGCCGGGCUAACCAGAGGAAGCUUGCGGGUAAGGAGGAUUGGAGGGUCGAGGGCAAGACCGAGGAGGAGGCGGCGGAGUUGGGUGAAGAUAACCCAAGGUACUUGUACACGACUUAA